GAUGCAAUUUUCUGACAGUUGACAUUACUGUCAAAAUUUCGAGUCCGUUUGUAAAAUUUUGCUUAUUUUUGUGCUAAUUACAAUAAAAAAUUAGGUAAUUUAGGUGUGAUAUUAAAUUAGAGUAGUUCGUGCUAGUGUUGUUGCAGUGUGCGACAGUUUUAGUUUUUUUUUUGUUAUUUUGAGGUUAUGUCAUAACCUAAACCAUGUCGUUUUUGUUGAAUGCCGUUCCGAAAUUGUUUCAAAUUCAAAUCGGGGGGCUCUACGAGGCCUCAAUCCGCACAAUUAUUCGUUACCAUUUCCCCCGGCCAAACGAAAGGCGGCGAAUUGUACGCCACGGUUGGAAAAAACGGAUGUCUACCCCUGCAGGUCGUCGAAUCCUCAUGAAUCGCAUACUUAAGGGUAGAUGGGUGUACUCACACUAAUUUGUAUAAAAAAGUAGUUCAAUUAGAUAAUAUAGCACAUUACGAAUA